GGUGAUGUCACCAGGGAGCCACUUGGUAGUGGUGGUUACAGCAAUCCGAAAGCACAGUCCAGUCGGUGGAGCUGCGGGGAAGCGCUUCAGCUCCAACGCUCGUCAACUUUGCACGGACUCACCAACAAAAUGCCACUGCAAUCAGAUCCAACCAAUUCGCUUUAGCCGCUUCGCCAAGAUGCAGAAGACCUCUGGGCAUUUAAAAAACUGGAUUUCAAGGCAGAAGCGAUAAAUCCUCUUGAUUUUGGUUGUCGGAUGCACGAUUUUUUGGUCAAAUAAAGCUAGCAAGCCAGGUUGCUACUAUUUUUCUUAUUCGGAGCGUAUGCGAGAUGGUGUAAUGGCAGUGCUAUGCACAUCCGGGCCACAAUGCCGUGACUCCAUUAUUGUCCAUUCACUGUGAAAGUGGCGAUAGAGAACUGCAUUUUUACAUAUAUAUAUUAUAGCUAUAUACUGUAAAUAUUUUAAAACAUUUGUCAAGCUGGAACGCAAGGGGACAUGUCUAAUCAAGGGGUUAGGAGAAACGGCCCAGUGAAACUGCGUUUGACAGUUCUGUGUGCGAAAAACCUGUCGAAGAAAGACUUCUUUCGGCUGCCUGACCCCUUCGCCAAGGUGGUGGUGGACGGCUCGGGGCAAUGCCACUCCACGGACACUGUGAGGAACACGCUCGACCCCAAGUGGAACCAGCACUACGACCUAUACAUCGGCAAGUCGGACUCCAUCACCAUCAGCGUGUGGAACCACAAGAAGAUCCACAAGAAGCAGGGCGCUGGGUUCUUGGGCUGCGUGCGUCUCCUGUCCAACGCCAUCAACCGCCUCAAGGACACGGGCUAUCAGAGACUGGACCUGAACAAGCUGGGCCCCAACGACAAUGACACCGUGAGGGGGCAGAUAGUGGUGAGCCUGCAGUCCCGGGACCGCAUCGGCACGGGGGGACCCGUGGUGGACUGCAGCCGCCUGUUCGACAACGACCUGCCCGACGGCUGGGAGGAGAGGAGGACUGCCUCGGGCCGGAUCCAGUACCUCAAUCACAUCACGCGCACCACGCAGUGGGAGAGGCCCACCAGGCCGGCGUCGGAGUACUCCAGCCCCGGCCGGCCCCUCAGCUGCCUGGUGGACGAGAACACCCCCAUCAUGGCCCCCAACGGCGCCUCCUGUGGCCAGUCCGGGGACCCGCGGGCCCAGGAGCGGCGCGUGCGCUCCCAGAGGCACCGGAACUACAUGAGCAGGACGCACCUGCACACCCCACCCGACCUGCCCGAGGGCUACGAGCAGCGGACCACGCAGCAGGGCCAGGUGUACUUCCUCCACACGCAGACGGGCGUGAGCACGUGGCAUGACCCGCGCGUGCCCAGGGACCUGAGCAACGUGAACUGCGAGGAGCUGGGGCCCCUCCCCCCCGGCUGGGAAAUCCGGAACACCGCCACGGGCCGCGUCUACUUUGUCGACCACAACAACCGCACCACCCAGUUCACCGACCCCCGCCUCUCCGCCAACCUGCACCUGGUCCUCAACAGCCCGAACCCCAACGGUUCCCGCGUCGGCAUGGAGAGCCAGAACAGCAACUUCAGCCGGCAGAACCAGCUGAAGGAGCAGCCGCCGCCGCAGCAGGUGCUGUCGCCCAGCCAGCUGCCCGAGGAGGCCGAGUGCCUGACGGUGCCCAAGUACAAGCGGGACCUGGUGCAGAAGCUGAAGAUCCUGCGGCAGGAGCUGUCCCAGCAGCAGCCCCAGGCCGGGCACUGCCGCAUCGAGGUGUGCCGCGAGGAGAUCUUCGAGGAGUCGUACCGCCAGGUGAUGAAGAUGAGGCCGAAGGACCUGUGGAAGAGACUGAUGGUGAAGUUCAGGGGGGAGGAGGGGCUGGAUUACGGAGGGGUGGCCAGGGAGUGGCUCUAUCUGCUGUCCCACGAGAUGCUGAACCCUUACUACGGGCUGUUCCAGUACUCCCGCGACGACAUCUACACGCUGCAGAUCAACCCGGACUCCGCCGUCAACCCGGAGCACCUGUCCUACUUCCACUUUGUGGGCCGGAUCAUGGGCAUGGCCGUGUUCCACGGGCACUACAUCGACGGCGGCUUCACGCUGCCCUUCUACAAGCAGCUGCUGGGGAAGCCCAUCACCCUGGACGACAUGGAGGCGGUGGACCCGGACCUGCACAAGAGCCUGGUCUGGAUCCUGGACAAUGACAUCACGGGGGUGCUGGACCACACCUUCUGCGUGGAGCACAACGCCUACGGCGAGAUCAUCCAGCACGAGCUGAAGCCCAACGGCAAGAGCGUGCCCGUCACCGAGGACACCAAGAAGGAGUACGUGAGGCUCUAUGUGAACUGGAGGUUCCUCCACGGCAUCGAGGCGCAGUUCCUGGCGCUGCAGAAGGGCUUCAAUGAGGUCAUCCCCCAGCACCUGCUCAAGUCCUUCGACGAGAAGGAGCUGGAGCUGAUCGUCUGCGGCCUGGGCAAGAUCGACAUCAACGACUGGAAGUCCAACACGCGGCUCAAGCACUGCACACCCGACAGCAACGUGGUCAAGUGGUUCUGGAAGGCGGUGGAGUCGUACGACGAGGAGCGGCGGGCGCGGCUGCUGCAGUUCGUCACCGGCUCGUCCCGCGUCCCGCUGCAGGGCUUCAAGGCGCUACAAGGUGCUGCCGGCCCCCGGCUCUUCACCAUCCACCAGAUCGACGCCAGCACCAACAACCUGCCCAAAGCCCACACCUGCUUCAACCGGAUCGACAUUCCGCCGUACGAGGGCUACGACAAGCUGUACGACAAGCUGCUGACGGCCAUCGAGGAGACCUGCGGCUUCGCCGUGGAGUGAGGGAGAGGCGGCAAGAGGCGGGGCUUGUGCGCGCCCAUCGCCCGCCCACAGGGAGGAGCUUCCACAGUCCAGCAGCACAGAGACCACACAGCCCCUAUCCUUCCUUUUUUUUUUUUUUUUUAAAUUUACAAUUUCCUUUUUUCAGCUGCUAAAGACUUGAUAUAUAAUACCUUACAUUGGAACCUGCAAGGAUGCUGGCUUUUUUUUAUUUUUUAUUUUUUAUUUACAACAUUAAAAAGACUGUUCUAUGUAGUGUUUCCUCAUUUACUAAGCAGAACACAGAUCCACGGGGUGAGGGGGGGAUCAGCAGCAGAGAGUAGGUUUGCUUAGUACUACUGUUCAUUUCAGAGGAAGCUUUGGUCUCCACGGACACACAGAGCCUGGGAGGGGGGGGGGGACUCGCUCUCUCUCCCGUUUCACGCCCGGAGACGCACGCGCUCCACAGGCUCGCUCGCCCACUGUGCCUGUGCGAGAGAAAAAAAGAAAAAAAAAUGCUUUAGUUAUUUUUAUAUCGGAUGGGAAAAUGAAACUAUACAAAUAGAAUUUAAUGACAUUAUUCCAGAAUUCUAAACUGCAUCUUAGAAAAUUCCUUUUUUUUUUUUUUUGUUUAAAUGCUCAAAGUAUUAAUGUUUAAAUUAUAGACUAUUUGUGAAAGAGUUAAGCUUGAAUGAAGUUGAUGUUUUCCUGAUGGAUGAACCUGAAACCUUUAAAGCCACUCUCCAAACAGGAAGUUGAGAGGCCGACAGGAAGUGCAGCGUUGUGGGAAAGACAGACCACCACCUCCCACAUCGCCCUCAAGAGUGCCAUAGGCUAACUGCUCGACCGCUGGGUUAAUUUAAUGAUGUCAUCCUGUAUAUUUGCAUAUUGGUGUGGUAUUCAUUUGCAUUUUUGCAGACUUCUGACCCCCCCACCCCCCACCCCACCACCCCUCCUUUCCGAGCCCCAAAAAGAGGACGGGACGGCAGAGUGAACGGGCUCAGAGGACGCACUGCGUGAACCACUCCGUCUGACCUGAAGACGCAUCCGGCCGGCUGGGCAGGGGAACGUGCGCUCCGUCCUCUGGCCGCCUUCUGCCCACAGGAAAAUGCUAUUCAGGGAAGAUUUCUGUGUUUUGAAAACUGACAUCCACUUAAGAAGGCGGGAGUUUUACCUUGCAGCUCUCCAGCACUUUACAAACUUGUUGGGGGGGCGGGGGCGGGGGAGGUGCUUGCGUCAUAUUAGUUUCUAAAUAAUGCCGUAACACAUUAUAUACGCAAAACAUACUGCAUUGGAAAUAUAUAUACCUGUAAUUUUCGAGUAUAUAUAUAUAUUAUAUAUAUAUAUUUAAAGAUAUAUAUAUUUUGUAUAUGGCUUGUCUUUUCUGUCCUUUCAACAUACCAGUAUAUAUCACAGACCUCUCACAGUCACAUUCUCAGGUGAUGUAUCUCCUUUGCGUUUUUUUUUUUGUUUUUUUUUGUAAAGCAGACAUGCGACUAGACAAAACAUACUUCCCUCUCAAGGAAGCGUGUCUGGGGAAACAUAGUGAGGAACUGCCAUUCCCAAGUCUAACCUGUGACCCUCUCCCAUAAGAGGCACAGCAGAGGGGAGACCCCUGGCCCUCUGGUUUGGGGGACCGAGGUCAAGAUUUAAUGGCAUAACCCCUUGCAUCCACACCCCCCACCCCAUCACAGCUCUGCAAGUAUGGACUUUCUAAACAAUAUUUAUUUUUAGCCUUUUUUUCUUGCCACCCAUGUGUUGAUUCAUAAGUUCUUUUUGAAUGUUUAAUGCUGCCUGUCUAUAGCAAUCUAUUAUGACCAUGGACUGUUCUUAAAGUUUGCAUACACACAAAAUUUGAAUUCAUUGUUUUGUCUUUGCCAGUGUGUAUGCAAAAUUUAAAAUAUUUAGCCUCUGGAUAAAGAAAAUUAAGUAUCCUGAGAUGGUGCUUUGUACAGUAUAGGAUAUUGUUCAUAUGCGGAUCACAGAACCUUUAAUUUAUCUUAACUUAAAAAAAAAAAAGUUUGCACACCUACAGACUUAAGUUGCGCAAAACUGACAACUUCCAUCUAUUUACCAAAUAGUUUAUGGACUGAUUGACUCCUAUAUAGCAACCCCCUCACCCCCCCCCCUCCAUGUCCAGUGCACAGUCCUCUGCUCAGCCUCCUUAACCCACACUACAUCACUGCACAUCACUCACGCUCCGUUCUCGUCAACACGCCUCUGAGAGCGAGGAGAGCCGCCCCUGCGUCGCGUCAGUUUGGAAAAACACGGCCUGUUGCUUCGUGUAGCAUGCUUCGCUAGCAGAACUGUAUCUUACCGCUGACUGGUGCAAUUUGUUGUACUUAAUACACUAUCAUUUGUUUUGUAUGUUGUAUGUGUGUGUGUGUGUGCAAUUGGUUCUGAUUAAAUUUUCUGUUGUCCUGAAUUUACACCCACCCCCCCACACCCCCUCCCAUAUUUCCAUUUGCUUGUAUUUAUUACAGCGUGUUUAGCAUUCACACCAGCUGUUCUGUGAGCUUAAACACAAAUGUAUGAUAAACAUUUGGAAAAAGAUCUUGUACCCAUGCAGAAGAUGAGCAAUAAACUCUAUGCUGUUUGCACCUCACAGCAUAAUGUUUAAUAUAA